GCCUCCACUCGCGCCUUGAGGUCGUUUCACCAAAACUUGACAAGAGAGUGCGAUAAGAGGCUCUUACCAAAACUUCUUAUAAUGCGAUUGGCAUUUCGCUGUGUUUGGUAGACAUACUUUUCUGCAGUUGCUGCAGGGAGGAUGGCAGGAGGAUUCAUCAUCAAUGGUCCAAGUCAGGAUUACGGUGCAAGGCUAACAGCAUCUGUGAUCAUCACCUGCAUCAUGGCGGCUUCCGGUGGCCUGAUUUUUGGCUACGACAUAGGGAUUUCAGGUGGUGUUACGGCCAUGGAGUCAUUUCUGAAGCCCUUCUUUCCCAGUGUUCUGAGGAAGAUGGCCGACGCCAAGCAGGAUGAGUACUGCAUCUUUGACAGCGAAGUCCUCACGGCCUUCACUUCUUCCUUGUAUAUUGCCGGGUUGGCUGCAUCGCUUGUCGCCGGCCGUUUCACAAAGGCCGUCGGACGCCAAGCGGUCAUGUUGCUUGGUGGCGUCGCCUUCCUCGUCGGCGCGGCCAUCAACGCCGCUGCCAUGAAUAUCGAGAUGCUCAUCUUGGGCCGUAUACUGCUUGGAGUUGGCGUCGGCUUCACCAAUCAGGCCACGCCGGUGUACCUGGCGGAGACGGCGCCGCCGAAGUGGCGAGGGGUCUUCACCACCGGGUUCCAACUCUUUAUCGCCGUCGGCGUGGUGGCGGCCGGCCUCACCAAUUAUGGCACCUCCCACAACUCCACCUGGGGAUGGCGCCUCUCCCUCGGCCUGGCGGCCGCGCCGGCCGCCAUCAUUUUACUCGGUGCUCUCUUCAUCCCGGACACCCCCAGCAGCCUCGUCCAGCGAGGCAAGCUCGACGACGCCCGCGCCACGCUCCGCCGCAUCAGGGGCCCGGCCGCCGACGUCGAGGCAGAGCUCAAGGACAUCGAGCGCUCCGUCGAGGAGGCGUCCAAGAUGGAGGAGGGCGCGUUCCGGAGGAUACUGCGCCGCCGGUACCGGCCGUACCUGGUGAUGGCGGUGGCGAUCCCGCUGUUCCAGCAGCUGACGGGGAUCAUCGUGAUCGCCUUCUUCUCGCCCGUCCUGUUCCGGACGGUGGGGUUCGGGAGCGACACGGCUCUGAUGAGCGCGGUCAUCUUGGGGGCCGUCAACCUCGCGUCGAUCAUCGUCUCCACUUUCGUGGUCGACCGCUACGGCCGCAAGCUCCUGUUCAUGGUGGGCGGAGCUCAGAUGAUCCUCUGCCAGGUGUCCGUGGCCUGGAUUCUUGGAGCCAAGAUAGGCUCCGAUGCGCAGGCCGCCUUGCCGAGGGGGUACGCGGUGGCGGUCCUGGUGCUGAUGUGCGCGUACUCCGCCGGCUUCGGCUGGUCGUGGGGGCCGCUGAGCUGGAUCAUCCCGAGCGAGAUCUUCCCAGUGGAGAUCCGGUCGGCCGGACAAAGCAUUAGCGUGGCCAUCAACAUGGGCCUCACCUUCGUGCAGACGCAGACCUUCCUCGCCAUGCUGUGCCGCUUCAAGCAGGGCACUUUCGCCUUCUACGCCGGCUGGGUCGUCGUAAUGACGGCGUUCGUGGCCUUGUUGCUUCCGGAGACCAAAGGGGUCCCGCUCGAGUUCAUGAGCGAGCUGUGGAGGCGCCACUGGUACUGGGGCCGGUUCCUCGUCGAUGAGCGGGACCACGUCGCCACACCUCACCCAUGACAUGACCGAGCUUAAUUCUUCGUUCUUCCUCUCCUUCUCUUCGCCAUCAGUCCUACGUUGCUUAUAAGCAAGCUUCUGUAAUGUACGUGGACGGAACCCAAACCAUGACCACUGAGAGGGAAGCUUAAGCUUGUGUUCACUCUUUGCUUUCACUACAUAGUUUGGGCCAUAAAGCAUAUAUGUAUCCAAAUUCCUUUGUCUUUGUGACUGGCCAUGUAAUGGAAUCUAAUUGCCAUGUAGAAUUUGAGUACUA